AUUCCCCCUCCUUUUUUUAAUAAUUUUUAAAUUUCCCCUUUUCUCAAAAGCAUUUCAUUUUUUAAUUUUUGAGAUUGUCUUUCUCCAUUCAUUUUCUUUUUAACAUUAAAUCCGCUUUUUCAAAGCUAUAGUAAAUUAAAAAUAUGAAAAUUUUAUUUUUUGCCGGAAUUAUUACUGUUUUCGUUAUUGGCAUUCAAGGCGGAGGUGAAAGUGUUGUUGGAAUUGGAUCAGCUGAAAAAACUACAAAUUCUUCCUCAAAAGUUGAUGGAGGUGGUGAUGUUAGUUCUGAAAAGACAACUGCGGCCUUCUCUUCUGGAGAGCUUUCAACAUCAACAAUGCCAAAUCCUCCUCCCCCGGCUGCACAUCCAAAUUCUGGCGAAUCACCUUCUGAGCAAAAAGUAAGCUCACAAUCUGCUGAGAAAGAAAAACCAGAAGAAAAUAAUAAUAAAGCUCCUUCAACUAAUGCAAAGGAUAUGUCUUCUGGCACCGGUGGAAGUGGAACGGGUACUACAAGCGCUGAAGUUGGACAUUCAAGCAGUGAACAACCACCAAACGGAGCAGGCCGAUCAUCACAACUUCUUGGCUGGUUAACUUCUUCAGUUUUGGUAUUGCUUGCAUGGGCUACGACUUUCUGAACGCGAGGAAACGAAUUAAAUUUUUCUCUAAAAUCAAAAAAAGUCUCUUUUCCUUUUAUGCUCUCUCU